AUGAGAAGAUCUCUACUAAGAAAUGCCAGUCUCUGCACUCGCUAUCUCCUUCACCCUUCUCCUCACCCCAACCCCACAAUCCCCAAUUCCUUCCGCGCCUCACUCGCCGCUUCCAGUCGCCCCACACUCAGGUUCUACUCCGACUCGUCCAACAAAACGCCUCCUGACUCAGUCCCUGAAUCAUCGGCUCUAGCAGAACUGACAAAGAAAGAUGAUUCUGUUGAAGUUAGGGAUGUGAGUAAUAAAGAGCUAAGAGAGAUGAUGGAUAUCUACUUCAAAGGUGAUGAUGAAGUGUUGCCUGACAUAAUGGAAGCAGUUUUGCUGAGGAGGUUAUCAGGGAAGCAUGAGGAGACUGAUGAAGAGUUGUUGGAAGAACUUCGAAUGAAGCCUUUGGAUGAUGUGAAGGAUGAAGAGUUUGAGUCGGGUUUUGCCGAACUACACGAGACUGAUAAGGAGCUUGAUGAUUUGUAUGAUGCUAAAGAACAUGUGGUGAAGAAAAUGAUGAAGGAUGAGUUUUUCAAUAUGGAUGACAAGAAGUGGGAUGGGAUGGUUAAGGAGGCGAUGGACCAUGGAUUUAUAAAGGAUACAAAGGAGUGUGAGGCAAUUCUGGAGGAUAUGCUUAACUGGGAUAAGCUUCUUCCAGACGACAUAAAGAAGAAGGUGGAAAAGAAAUUCAAUGAACUGGGGGAUAUGUGCGAAAGAAAAGAACUUGAGGCUGAGGAAGCUUAUGAGAUGUUCAAAAAAUUUGAGGAUGAGAUUGUCAUGGAAUAUGUAAAGAAAAUGGAAGCUGAAGUCCCACCACAGCUUGAUGAGGCUGCUGUCGCAGACAAGAAGAAGCACUUAGAUGACCCACCGGGUGAGGGGCCAAUUCUUAGGUGGCAAACACGGGUAGUCUUUUCUCCAGGUGGUGAUGCAUGGCAUCCCAAAAACCGGAAAGUGAAAAUGUCUGUUACUGUCAAAGAACUUGGGCUUUCAAAACCUCAAUUUAGACGGUUGAGGGAACUGGUUGGAAAACGGUACCAUCCCGGAAGAGAUGAACUUACAAUCACCAGUGAGAGGCUGUGGGUGCAGCUCGCUUCUGAUCUUGCAUCCUCUAUUUCUGCCUUUUACAGGUUUGAACACCGAGAGGAAAACAGAAAAGACUGCCUCAGGACCCUAUUUUCACUCAUCGAAGAAGCUGGGAAAGCCACCAAAUUGGCAGAAGAAGCUCGAGUCUCAUAUUGCAAGGACAGACUCAGAGCCAAUCCAGCUUUCGUGGAGAGGUUGCGUUCCAAGAUCAUCAGGCAAGAAUGUAACACUGUCUCUGCGUGA